AUGUCUGAAAACAUAAAUGAAGACGAUAUUGAAAAGGAAUCUCGUUCAGCAGAUGAGUAUUCACUCAAUUUUAAAAGAAUGAGUUUAUUAGUGGAUCGAAAAACUAAUCCGUCUGUUAACGCUGAUACAUUAUCUUCAGUUGGCGGUGAAAAGCGGAAAUUCAAGCUGCCUCGUUUGGAACUGAAGAAAUUUGGCGGGGAAAUUAAAGAUUGGCUGCCGUUUUGGGGACAAUUCAGAAAAAUUGAUGAAGACAACGAUAUCGAUGAAACCGACAAGUUUCAAUACUUAGUCCAAGCAACUAUCCCGAAUUCCAGAGCGAGGGAAUUAGUUAAAAGUUUUCCCCCUACCUCCGGAAAUUAUUGCAAGGAGAUUGAUUGUCUGAAAUCUAGAUUCGGCAGAGAUGAUUUAUUGGUUGAAUAUUACGUUAGAGAAUUGUUAAAAUUGACACUCGCAUUUAAUCUUAAAGAGAAACAUGUUGAAUUAUCAACUGUUUAUGAUCGACUUGAAACCCAGCUGAGAUCAUUAGAAACUCUUGGCGUUACUACAGCAAAGUAUGCGGCCAUGUUGUUUCCCUUGGUUGAGUCUUGUUUAAGUGAAGAAGUUUUAAGAGCCUGGCGGAGAAAUGAUAGAGGAUUGGAUGGAAAAGAUGACACAAAAGAAUCUCGAUUGGAAAGUUUGAUGAAAUUUUUGAAGAACGAAGUUGAAAAUGAGGACAGGAUAGCUCUUGCUAUGGAAGGCUUCUCUUUGAAAGAAAAUAACAAAAAUAUCAAGAUUAAAAGAGACUUGCCGACAGCUGCGGGACUUUUUUCAGGAAACAAAAAAUCUGUUUUGAAGUGUGUAUUUUGUGACAAGAACAAUCAUGAAUCCAAAGAAUGUCAUGUUGCUCGAAAUUUGGAUUUAAAUGAGAAAAUGAAACGAUUGAAGAAAAGAGGUUGCUGUUUCAGAUGUCUAAGUAACGGUCACGUGUCAAAGCUAUGCAGGGUCCAAGUGAAUUGA